CUCAGGCGACUGUGACUGAAUAUAUAUAUAUAUGUACGAACAUGUGCUACUCAUUGUUGCUAACAAACAGCCCAUCUGCUGAACGUGACAGAUAACUUCCACCCAAAUCGAGUAACUUGAAGCUUUGCCAUAGCCCUACGUUAGGAUUCUGACAAGCCUCCCGAGAGCCCAUGUUGCACGGGAGGAAGAUGGGAAACAAGGGAAGCCUGCGGAAGGAAUUGGCAUUCCGCACUUCAUGACCAUCAUGUGGGGCCUAGAGCCUCCGGAUGGAGUGGUUGAAGUCAGUACCAAACACCAAGUCCGGUCAGGAUAUGAAUGCAUGAUACAAGAGGAGCUCAGCAGCACACCCUGCGGCUGUCUAUGUUGAGGUACAGGUUGCUAGGCUGAGUCGCUCCCGGGGAGGUGGGGGACUUGUAGAUUGGACUUAGCAAUGCGCUCAUUCCUGACGCAGUGUCUCGUCUUCCGCCCCGGUGAUGGAGAGUCGGGGAAAAAAAACGUGGUAUCCCGCGAAGCAGCGCGGGCUGGGGGCCGAGACUUAGCGGCGAGCUGCGCCCUGCGCCUAGUCCAUCAUGACGGAAGGCCAGGCAGAGAAAUUGUUGAUUUGGAAAGCCGUGACUGGUGGAAAGGAAAUUGGAUUUUCGUUAUCAGAACGCUUUUAGAAACACGAACACGCGGUGGUGAUAGAGCGAACCCUGAACACUGCGCUCGGCUGCGUGAUGCGUGUAUCCCCCAACUAGAACGCGAGGUGAGAACCCCCGGAAAUUUUCGGCCGGUGCUACACUGGGCGCAUGGGAAGGGCACUCGGUUUAUUUCGAACUUGCGGCAUAGCUAUGGCAUGUGGUCCGAUUGUUGCUGUGGCCGUACCUACCCACCGGAGUCGAGUGUUUGUCUCUAGCCGAUGCCGAAGCUGUCUCGGGACCCCGUACUCGGAAUUAUCGCAGUCAGGUGAGGGGUGAAACGCAUCUACAUCAUCAAUCUGGACGCAGAUCGACGGCUGCCUCAAAUGGAAUAGCAGUGUUCGCGGUGCAGCCUUCGAUAGUCAUCGCAUGGACUGGGAAAGAGAACCAGACGCUUCAACCCACCCAAGCACUUAGUCGAGUUCCGCGACUGACGGUGGGAUGGCUCUUGAAAAAUGGAGCCGAGAACGGGAACGGGCGCGCAUCAGAGGUGGGGAUGGACAAGGGGGCAUUCCUUGCUUCACUGGUGUCGAGGCCGGGGAUAUACAGCAUGCCAAAUUUGGCUUCGGACUAGAGUUCAAGAUCGAAUCAGAAUGUCGAGCGGUCCGAAAAGAUGGAGAUUGAGAG